AUAUGGAGGGACCUAAGACGCAAUUGUCCAACUAGGUAACAUGUGAUGCACAAGAUGGCGUCAUGCUCAAUCGGUCAACCGGGCAUGUGCCAUUUCAGUUUUCACUGCCAAGCUUUUCUACAUACCUUAUUUGAAGAUCUGUGGCCGCGGCGAGAUAGGUUGAGAUAGAACAACAUAGCACUUGUUCACAAGUUCGUCUCGUCACGGCUCUACUACCUCUUUACAUCCAUCCUUGCUUGCUUCAGCUUCCUCCCUAACACCCCCCUCGCAAUGCGAUCGCUGCCCAAGCUUCUGCCAGCGUUCGCUUUGCUCGUCUCCUCUUCUGCCAGUGUCGUGCCGCGUGAAUCAAGCAGCACAUCAUGGUAUAAGACUGACAAGUCAACCCUCCGACCCGAAAUCUACGAGUACAUCGAAAAGAUCAGCAAGAGUAUGGAUAUUCCUGGAUUUACAGUCGCCAUUACCAGUCCGAAGGGUGAUGAAAUCUGGUGCUUUGGGAGACGGGAUAUUCAAGGGACCCCCGUGGAUCCAACGACCUACUUUGGCCUCGCGUCGAAUUCCAAGUUGAUCUCUGGCGUCACGCUUGUCUCUCUUAUGGAACAGGGCUUUGUCCUUGAGAAUGGUGAACGCUUCUCUCUCAACUCCAGGAUCAAGGAUGUGGAUCCGACAUUCAAGAUGGUGAACCAGACUGCCACGGAAGAAGCGACAGUAUACGAUUUCCUUUCACACUAUUCUGGGCUACCAGGACACAACUGGUCUCUUCAGCCGAAUGAUACAAACGAAUCUGCCUUUGAGCGGUUGUCCGUCCUGGAACCGAACCUUGGUUUCCGAGAGCUGUGGCAGUACUCCAACCUCCACUACGUUGCAGCAGGUCACAUUGUGGACAAGGCGACCGGUCAAGACUUUUACCAGCAAUCAGAGGACCUUGUCUUCAAGCGACUCGAUAUGGAAGCUACGUGGAACGCCUCAGAGGCUCUCGCUACUGGUCGACUGAGUCAAGGUUUCCUCCGUCAAGCUGUCAAUCAGACUGCUUGCGCAAUCGAUCUAUACGCUCUCGACCAGACUUUGCCAAUCAUCGCCCCGUUGUUCAUGGCCAACGGCAGCUCUUCUUACCCUCUUACCCUAAACUCGAUGUGGCCUGAGAGCUGUCAUGGCAGGCAGGAGUCUGUGGUGUACUGGACCAAUGGCACUGGACGGGAGUGGGGAGCCGGUGGUGCAUCGGUCCUCACUGGUGAGGCUAUCGUGAGUCCAGCGGCCUUCCCCCCCAGGUAUUUGGUUGAUCCUCGUGCUCAGCUCAAGUGGAUAAAAGAAGUCGUCUCGCCAAAGAAGAUCUCCCCAUCCGUCAUCGAGACGGUCAACACUGGACACGUCAACACUUCCUUAGCUCCUGCGCCCGACCAACCACCCACCCAGUACGCUAUUGGCACAAUAAAUCUCUUCUACAGAGGUUUCGACGUCAAGACCCAUGAUGGUGAUCUCCCCGGGACCAACUCUCAGUUCUUCCGUGUGCCCAAUGAGACAGUCGGUGUGUUCGUCGUCACAAACGAAGACUACUACAAUCAAGGAUGGUCCAGUCCCGUAGCUCAGACGAUCCUGGACGACCUACUUGGACUCGAACCCGUCGACCAUUUCACCGAGACUUUACCACUCGUCGUACCUCUUCUUCCCUUGGUCGCUCAACUGGCCCAAGCGAAUGGCUCAGACGUCGCUACGCCUCAGGAUCUUUCAUCAACCACACCCGACACUUCGUCAAAUCCUGCAUCUGCAUCCAUCGUCAGGCGCCAAAUGACCCCAGUCGACCUCGAUGAUUUCUUGGGACAAACUUUCUCCUCACCAGGUUACCUGCCCUUCACCUUGGAUGUGUUGAAUCUUACAGACAAACAAGGCACUCUGGACAAGUACGGCUUUCCAGCGGAUUUCCUCAUCACCGAUAUCGCUACUCUCACCUAUAUCAAUCUGACCGGACCAAUCCUCAUUGCCGAGUACGGGGCCAGCUUCUGCUCUCACAUCGUUUUCACUCAGGCAGAUGGACCUUAUUGGAACGUGACCGGUGCCAAGAUCUGGGAUCGCGUCCGAGGUGGGCAGGAUGAUCAAGGAGAUAAAGUCAGUCCAAAAAUCGGCAAACUGACUGGAGUCGCCCCUGCUGUCUUUACACAAGAUGGAAUCGGCAUGUUUGGCAAUAUCCUCACCACGAAUACAGCGGCAGGUAUCGUACUGCCCGUCCUCGAAGACGUCAAGGAAGUGGCUCCGCUCUUCUUUCAUCGUGUUCAGGGGUGAAACGAGAGCUGAGCGAGCUGUCCUCCACGUUUGUAUAAUUCAGAGACAUUGAUGAUACAUUAUGAAGCGCGACGAGACUCGUUUUGACCAAUUUGAUGACACGUAACAUGCAUGACUAUAGGAUCUCUG